AUGUCAUUGGCAGCAUACAAGGGUCAGGCCAAUGUGUUGGUUCUUCUUUUCGGAUACAAAGUUGAUCCAAACUACCAUGAUCCGGAUGGGCAAACACCUCUCCUACUAUCAGUAGAUCAAGGCCACGAAGAAUCAACUCGCGUUCUUUUGGAUAACAACGCAGCACCCGACUGCAGAGAUAGUGAUGGCCAGACUCCGCUUUUCUACGCAGCCUCAAAUGGCUGGGUAGGAAUAGCCCAGCUUCUUCUAGCAAAAUCGGCCAAUCCCAAUGCUAUGGAUGUUCGAGGACAGACUCCUCUCUCUCAGGCAAUGGAUAAUGGAUAUCUUGAAGUGGUUCAAGUUCUGCUGGGUCAUGGCGCUCGGUCCCCCCAUUCGGGCCGUGCAAGGGACUUUGAUGUAUCCCGCCGGGAAUCAUGGGAAAACCCCCUUGAUGUUUGGUGGGCAAAAACCAUGAUCAUGACCGCUUGUGGAUGUGUGGUUGCUUUGAAUCCCCCAUUCAAAAAGCCGAACAACAGGCCCUUGUCCCCCGAGCUUCGUGAAGCUCAUUUCCAUCAACGAUUCGUCUUCUUCAAACUGCCAAAGUCUCCUCCGCAGCGCUUGAAUGAUCAGAAUGUCUUGGAUGAAUACAUGCGUGGCCUGCCCUAG